GGACCUAGCAUUCGUGAAUUGUCUUCUACAUGCUAAAUUUAUAGUGCCGAUUGUUUUGCAAUAUUUAAUGCUCAUUAAGGCCCCAUUAUAAAUGGAUGGGCAUAGUCUGGCGGAAGGGAAAUCACAUUCUCCUGAGGCCUUUAACAUUUGACUAAGUAACUGACGCCAUUCCAGCCUCCAUCUCCUUUCUUACAGCGCAGGAUCUAGGUCUAAUUGGCGUAGAACUCCUGUUUCCAUAGCAGCAAGAGGUCCUUCACGGGUCAGGGGAAGCAGGAAGUGCAGUUUGCACUUCCGGUUUGCGUCGGGGACGCCGACAAGCCGGAGGUUGACGCGGCGUGGCUGCACAUGGCCGCGUGGCGGGAGGAUGCCGCUCGUGGUGUUGUGCGGCCUGCCGGGCAGCGGCAAGAGCCGGCGCGCCGAGCAGCUCCGCGGGGCGCUGGCGGCCGAGGGCCGCGCGGUGCACGUGGUGGACGACGCGGCGGUGCUGGGCGCGGAGGACGCGGCAGUGUACGGCGAUUCGGCUCGGGAGAAGGCGCUGCGCGGCGCCUUGCGAGCCGCGGUGGAGCGGCGCCUGAGUCGCCACGAUGUGGUCAUCCUCGACUCGCUGAACUACAUCAAGGGCUUCCGCUACGAGCUCUACUGCCUGGCGCGCGCGGCGCGCACCCCGCUCUGCCUGGUCUACUGCGUCCGGCCAGGCGCUCUGGGCGGGGGCCCUCGGGUGGCGCGCGCGGAGGAGACGCGGAGCCAGACCGUCAGUGUGAGUUGGAGGCCGCACGCUGAGGAGGGAGGGAGCCAUCUGGCGGCCGGCGCCAGUGUCCUCCGGGAGCCGCAGGCAGUGCAGUCGGUAGUAGAUGGGAGAGCGCAGGGAGACGCACCUAAGGAACUGGAGCGGGAGGAAACCAGCGCGCCAGAUCUUCCAGCUCUCGUGACUCCAGAAUUCGAGAAAUCUGCAAAUCAUGUGACCAGUGCCUUUUACCCUCCCGAACUUCUGGAGGCCCUAACGCUGCGCUUCGAGGCUCCCGACUCUCGGAACCGCUGGGACCGACCGCUAUUCACCUUGGUGGGCUUAGAGGAGCCGUUGCCUCUGGCAGACAUCAAGGCUGCCUUGUUUGAGAACCGGGCUCCCCCACCCCAUCAGUCUACACAGUCCCAGCCCCUUGCCUCCGGCAGCUUUCUGCACCAGCUGGAUCAGGUCACGAGCCAGGUGUUGACGGGACUGAUGGAAGCUCAGAAGAACGCUAUCCCCGGAGACUUGCUUAAGCUUCCCGGUACCACAGAGCACCUGCGGUUUACCCAGCCCUUGACCAUGGCAGAACUGAGUCGCCUCCGUCGCCAGUUUAUUUCCUACACCAAAAUGCAUCCCAACAAUGAGAACCUGUCUCAACUGGCCAACAUGUUUCUGCAGUAUCUGAGCCAGAGCCUUCUCUAACCAGAGGGGUUGGGGGAAAACCAUGGCGCUCUAUCUAGCCUCCACUGCACUGUUUCUCUGGCAAGAAGAAUCUGAAGGUCUGCAGAGUUUAUUGAUGUGUGGUACUAGAGCUGUUGUGACUGAUUCACUCACGCUUUCCUGAAUGCCUCUGUGCCAGACCUUGAGGUUACAGCGUAAAUUUGGAACUAGAGAGAAUGGAGAAACAGUUUGGAGGAUCUUGGCAGAUUUCUCCAGAGGACAGAGUUAAGUGGACAGGCCUUGCUUAGAUUGGGGUCUACUUGAGAUAUUGCACACCUCUGAUUUUCCGCAUCUAAGUUGUGGGAGAACAAACCGGAUGGAUGAAUUGUUUCAAAAGAAUUGUGAACAGUAACUGAGGAUGGCCCACUUCUGUAUCUGCACUGGCCCUUCUUUCAUACCAUAGUUUUUUGAGUACGGUGCAUACUUUUUGCUAAUCUCUAUCCUGGGGCCUGGGGUCACAGGUAAAUCUACAAAUUUCUGUCCUUGGGAAGCUUUGGUUCUAGUGAAAGUGAAAGACUUAACCACUAGAUUAUUUCAUCUAAUAAAAUCUUUUAGAAGAACGUC